AUGGAUUUUGAUAGCAAAGCGGGACCCUCAAAAAUAGUUAGAUAUGACGAUUCGGACUACGAAGAAACUUUGCUGAAAUGGGCUGCUGAGGUGGAUGAGGAAAAUGGAAACGGCAGUGGUAUUGAUUCAGAUGCCGAAUUGAUUUACAGUGAUAAUGAGAGCGUUAGGAACAAGAAUGGACAGAGAUUGCGAAAUACUUUCUACUGAAGAUGA